AUGAGGGACAACGCUACGCCACACGGUGGAGAGAUCCACGCGGCUAAUUACGGGCGAGAUCACUACGCUUCGGAUCCUAUGAUGGUGACCCGUUCCUCCGAGGAGCAACCAGGCACCAUGUUGUUGCCACCCUUUGCCAUGAUGUCGGAAGACGUUAAGGGUGCCUCGCAUAUGCCGUACGAUCAUGACAUGCAGCAGGCGUACAAGCACUACUGUAUGGCAAUGGCUGCGUCGGCUGCUGCUCAGAGGUACAAUCUCGGUACCACACUCGGUUACGAUUCGUUGCCGAUCAAUGCCGCCUGGUCACGGGAGCAGAUCGGGGAGCACUUGAUGAUUAUGAAGCAACAGGAAGCUGCGUCAAUGCCGCACGCACGGCCCUGGAUGCCCAUGCCCACGAAACGUACCUUUAACGAUGUGAACAUGAGGGAGGGAUACGGUACGGCCGGAGGACGCAUGGCGCCCAUGCCGCACGUACAGGAUAGGAUGGAUGCUCAGAAGCGACGUGCAAUGGCAGAAAUGCACAUGCAACAACGACAGAAGCAUUUUAACACGUAUAUGCCGUAUGAUACUCGCCAAGUGGCAACGUUCCGUGGGCAAACUGUCUCUGGGUCAGGACACCGCCCUAAUAUGACCUCGCACUGCUUCGGAGAGGAUGUUGAACACAACAUCAAGGCCUCACAAGGAUCUGUUGCACUCAAUGAGACGAUCGUAGUGCCCCCUCAGGUCCCCAUGUGCCGCAUGGAUACCCGGAUCAUAUCGACUGACGAAGGCAGCCAGCAAUCGACUAUCCCCAGUGAUGUGGAAUCCGAGUUCGAGUUCAAUGAAGCACCGGCGGCUCAUCCGCGCAAGAAGACUGUGCACAGGGCUCCUUAUUCGCUAACGCGUUGUGACUCGACGCUAACCGGUACCGCUGCUGACAACGACUUCGAUUGGAAACGUUUCAAGCCUAGUGAAGGCAGCCAGGAGGAAGACAAGCUGAGCUUCUCGCAGACCCUCUCCGGCAGCCUGAAGCAGGAUUACAUAAACUUCACGAAGCACGGUGUUUUGUCUAACGAACUGCGUCAGGAAUACAUCCGCCGCAGCAAGCUGUACCCUAAGGUCCGUGGAGUGUGGUUCAAUUCCACGGUGCGCCGAAUGGGAUGGGUGGGCCAGGCAUACAAGAAGUGCAAGCGCAUCGAAAAGAUCUUCUCGAUCAGCAAGCACGGCUUCGACGGCGCCCGCGAACUCGCUAUAGCCUUCCGAAACUCGCAGAAGCCCACUGCUGGGGCUUCGGCAGUCACGGAGGAUGUGAUGCUCCCUCUUGACACGACCUACUCCGCGACAACGAAUGACGAUUUCGCUGUCACCGAAACUGUGGGUCCAAUCAAGACGGAAGAUGCGGUAGAGAUGUAUGAGAGCUACGAAGGGGCAACCCAACAAACUGAGGAGUUCGCCGAGCAGCCGACGGAGUACGCCGAUGCGCUUGCUCAGCAGGAAUUUGAUCGCCCUGGGAAACCGCUUCGCCGCGAGGAUUUGGAAUGCGACGAUAGCCACACUGACGAGGAACAAGAAGAGGCGAUGAACGACGGGCUGAAAGCUUCCGGUUUUAGCGAGGGCAUGCUUGAGCAAUACAAGUCGAGCCUGACUGAAGAGCAGCGUGAGCACCGCGACCACCUUUGCAAGGGCGCUUUGAGGCUGAUGCUCUACGAGCUCGCUGCGCUUGUUGAACUCGACGUGCCCAUCCCGCGAUUGGGCCGCGAGGCCUGCUGCCGUGGCCUCCAGUACCACAUCGAUGCGCUUGAAGCGUGCCAGAGCGCAACAGAUAUGUUGCCGUACGUCGCCAUUUUCGGCAACUACAUUUGCCGGGGUAUUACCCCAGUUGACAUUCCUUUCGGGGAGCUUUACACCAUGCUGCAAGCUUUGUCAUUUUGCCGGCCACUCGGAGGAUCGUUCAACUCCAACACCUCGGCGCCUUUCGUCACCGAGACGGCUGAGACCAACAUAUCGGACCUGAUCGUGGUCUGA